CGAAAGCGUGCUAAUUUGACUUACUCCAUGGGAGCCUGCUCGAUGAUGGAAGCUUCGAUUGAGCUCAUAUUUCUAGCAUAGGCAGGACUAGUCAUCAGCAAUAUAUGAUAAAAAUUUCGACUCAUUUGCUUCUUUCCUUCAAGACAAAAAAAUUUGCUCCCUCUUGAACCAUACUUAUUCUUUUCCCCAUUCUAUUUGAAAGAAUAUUAUCAUUUUGACAAGCGCACACAUACGAUCGAUAACAGAUUAAAGAAUCAUUAGUUAUUCGGGCCAAUUUACCCAUGCUCAAUGGUCCGAUCGUUCAGUACCAGUGUACGUGUAUUCCGACGAGGUAAAAUCAAAUUUAUGGGAUAGAAAACGAAUUAUAAGAAAAGGCUCUGGUGGUUAACGUAGUAUCUUCUCACUCUUGACUUUCAGCAUUUAUAAUUUCUCGUAGCAUCAUUUCCACACAGUCGAGAUCUAUUUCUUUCUCGUUUUUCAUGUAAUGUCAUCAGUAUUUGUUUAGUUCUCUUGAUAUUGAGAUGACUCAUCACUGAACGGGUUUAGAAUUUUAGUCUCAAGGUCAAACGUUUUAUUAUAAAAGAAAAAUGUGAAAGUUGUAUGUAACCAAACAUUUUUCCUCAUCAUACUUCGUUUUCCUUCUUGCCCCCCGUCUUCGUUGUACGGAUGAAAGUAAAAAUAAAAUAAAAUUCUUAGUUUUCUCUCAUGUUGUGUGUGUCUAUAUGGAAAUGAAGAAGAGAGAAAGCGAAAAAACAUUAUGUACACAUAGUCAGCCGUAGUUUUUUCAUUUUUUUGUAACAGUCUGUACGAGGAGCAACUUGAAAAUGACCGUAUCAAUAGGUAGGUCAAAAUAUAGAAUUUUGAUUGUAAUUGUUUGUUUUAAUUUCUUAAUGUUUUUAAAUUUGAUUAAGAUUUUUAAUUUUUUAUUAAAACUUAUUAAAAUUCUUAAGAUGUUGGCCGUAACUAUUCGUAGAGCUAUGUUUUUAAUCUUGCUCAUUGAUUCACAAAAUGAACAGUACUUAUUCUUUAUUUUCAAUAAGAACAAAGAGACCAAAAGGAAAAGGAACAUUUUUUUCGUUAUUUGUUGUAAGAGAAAUAUGUGUCAUCGUGAUAAAGCGGCAGACGGUUCUUGUAAUAUACUAAUGUAUAUGAUACUGGACGAAGAAAUGGUCCAAGCAGAGGAUUUUCUUGCAAUGGCUACAACGAAUGAAUGCAAACGCGUCACAUUUCGAGAGCUCACAGUUAGACUGUGGAAAUUUGAAGCAAACUUGGGUGACUGUUUGAAACUGUCCAGGAUGUGUAUCGAUAUAACCACUCUUGUACCACGCAUAACGAAUCAUAGGCAUAAAGACAGGUGCACAAACUUGACUGUGAAUGAGGGAGUGAAGGCGAAUAAGGUUAUUACGAUCAGCCAGAUGAAUAUCGAUGCUGUCGAGAAUGACCCGAUCGUAAACACGAUGCGCAAUAACCUUAUACUGUCGAUUAAAGAAAACAUCGAGUGGUUGAAUUUCCAUUCGCUUGACGCCUUUCAUCUUUUCAUAAAUUCCCUUUCCAUCCCCCUGGCCUGACCAGCUGUCCGAGAGGAGAAGCACUUUGCGUGAUGAAGAGAUAGCACGUACAAGCACAUGAUCUCGCCAAUAUUCGACUAAAGAUGUGGUUAGUUUCCCCGAUCUACUACCACUAACCACAACAUUUUUGGCAGAGAAGAGAUUAGCCUUGAUAUUAUCGCUCAUGCGGCCAUUUCGCUCUUUUAAACAGAUAAAUAUGGGCCCAACGACCUGUCCUGACAGACUUAUUAUUGGCUGUAUCGUGUAACUGUGAGUGGUGGCAUUGAGCGAAUCCUAACAAAGAUACAUAAGGCUGUUAAUUAUAAGGCGUAACUAUGAUGGAAUUCAAGAAAAUCAAGACAACCAAUAAACUCUAGCAAUUCAACGAAUUUCACAAGGCACAUCAGAUGGUUAGCUAUACAUCCAACCAUGAUGGAAUUCUAGGAAUUCAAGAAUAUCGAGAAAAUCGAGCAGUUCAACGAAUUCAAGAGAUUCAACAAAUUUUACCAAGACACAUAAGAUGGUUAGCUACGGGUCUCAACUAUGAUGGACUUCAAGAAAUGGAAGAUAAUCAACAAAAUCAAGAAUAA